AGACACUUCCAGCUGGUGGCAGGGGAUACAGCCAUAAUACAGCUUCCUCUGUCCCGGCUGUCUUCCACACUACGGGAACUGCAUUACGAUGGCUGCACUCUCUUGGAAAGGCGCAGGUGGAGGAAGGUGGAGGAGGAAGCCUGGACACCGUUGUGUUGGUUUUUAAAAGCUUCAGCUUCUCCAGCAUCUUUGUAUUUCGAAUGUCUUCCUGCCUCUAGUCAAAGCCUUCUCUCCAGUGCUUGGAAUGCUGCUGCAAGCCUGAUUAAAGGUGCCCGAGGAUAUCACCUUUUACACGGAAGCCCUGUGUGCUUGAGAGGAUCUUUAUUAAAUGCAUUAUGGCUCAUGCAGCCUCACAGUUAAAGAAAACCAGGGAUUUAGAAAUCAAUGCUGAUGAAGAGCCUGAGAAAAAAAGGAAACACCGCAAACGGUCCCGGGAUCGUAAGAAAAAGUCUGAUGCCAAUGCAAGUUACUUAAGAGCAGCUCGCGCAGGACACCUAGAAAAGGCUCUUGACUACAUAAAAAAUGGGGUUGAUAUCAACAUUUGCAAUCAGAAUGGGUUGAAUGCUCUUCAUCUUGCUUCCAAAGAAGGCCACGUGGAAGUUGUUUCUGAACUACUACAGAGAGAAGCCAAUGUGGAUGCAGCUACGAAGAAAGGAAACACAGCAUUGCACAUCGCAUCUUUGGCUGGACAAGCAGAGGUGGUAAAGGUCUUGGUUACAAAUGGAGCCAAUGUCAAUGCACAAUCUCAGAAUGGUUUCACCCCAUUGUAUAUGGCAGCCCAGGAAAACCACCUGGAGGUUGUCAAGUUCCUCCUUGACAAUGGUGCAAGCCAGAGCCUCGCCACAGAGGAUGGCUUCACACCCUUAGCAGUAGCCUUGCAACAAGGUCACGACCAAGUCGUCUCACUCCUGUUAGAGAAUGACACCAAAGGAAAAGUGCGUCUCCCAGCUCUUCACAUUGCUGCCCGAAAAGAUGACACAAAAGCCGCCGCCCUGCUGCUGCAGAACGACAACAACGCGGACGUGGAAUCAAAGAGUGGCUUCACUCCGCUCCACAUAGCGGCUCACUAUGGAAACAUCAAUGUAGCCACGUUGCUGUUAAACCGGGCGGCUGCUGUGGACUUCACUGCAAGGAAUGACAUCACUCCUUUACAUGUGGCAUCAAAAAGAGGAAACGCAAAUAUGGUAAAACUGCUGCUUGAUCGAGGAGCUAAAAUCGAUGCCAAAACCAGGGACGGUCUGACACCACUGCACUGUGGGGCAAGGAGUGGCCAUGAGCAGGUGGUGGAAAUGUUGCUGGAUCGAGCUGCCCCCAUUCUUUCAAAAACCAAGAAUGGAUUGUCUCCAUUGCACAUGGCCACCCAAGGGGAUCAUUUAAACUGCGUCCAACUUCUCCUUCAGCAUAAUGUGCCCGUGGACGAUGUGACCAAUGACUACCUGACUGCUCUCCACGUGGCUGCCCACUGUGGCCACUACAAAGUCGCCAAGGUUCUCUUGGAUAAGAAAGCUAACCCCAAUGCCAAAGCCUUGAAUGGCUUCACCCCACUUCAUAUCGCCUGCAAGAAGAAUCGAAUUAAAGUAAUGGAACUCCUUCUGAAGCACGGUGCAUCCAUCCAAGCUGUAACCGAGUCGGGCCUUACCCCAAUCCAUGUUGCUGCCUUCAUGGGGCAUGUAAAUAUUGUAUCGCAACUAAUGCAUCAUGGAGCCUCACCAAACACCACUAAUGUGAGAGGAGAGACGGCCCUGCACAUGGCGGCUCGGUCUGGCCAGGCUGAAGUCGUACGGUACCUGGUUCAAGACGGCGCUCAGGUGGAAGCCAAAGCUAAGGAUGACCAAACCCCACUCCACAUUUCAGCCCGACUGGGGAAGGCAGAUAUAGUACAACAGCUGUUGCAGCAAGGAGCAUCUCCAAAUGCAGCCACGACUUCUGGCUACACCCCACUUCACCUUUCAGCCCGAGAGGGGCAUGAGGAUGUCGCUGCAUUCCUUUUGGAUCAUGGAGCAUCUUUAUCUAUAACAACAAAGAAAGGAUUUACUCCCCUUCACGUGGCAGCAAAAUAUGGGAAGCUUGAAGUAGCCAACCUCCUACUACAGAAAAGUGCAUCUCCGGACGCUGCUGGGAAGAGCGGGCUAACCCCACUGCAUGUAGCUGCACAUUACGAUAAUCAGAAAGUGGCCCUUCUGCUUUUGGACCAAGGAGCCUCACCUCACACGGCUGCAAAGAAUGGUUAUACACCACUGCACAUCGCUGCCAAAAAGAACCAGAUGGACAUAGCGACAACUCUGCUGGAAUAUGGUGCUGAUGCCAACGCAGUAACCCGGCAAGGAAUCGCUUCCGUCCAUCUCGCAGCUCAGGAAGGACACGUGGACAUGGUGUCGCUGCUUCUCAGUAGAAAUGCCAAUGUGAACCUGAGCAAUAAGAGUGGCCUGACCCCACUGCAUUUGGCUGCUCAAGAAGACAGAGUGAAUGUGGCUGAAGUCCUGGUAAACCAAGGGGCUCUCGUGGAUGCCCAGACAAAGAUGGGAUACACACCACUGCAUGUGGGCUGCCACUAUGGAAAUAUCAAGAUCGUUAAUUUCCUGCUGCAACAUUCUGCAAAAGUGAACGCCAAAACAAAGAAUGGGUACACGCCAUUACAUCAAGCAGCUCAGCAGGGACACACACACAUCAUCAACGUCUUGCUUCAGAACAACGCCUCCCCCAAUGAACUCACUGUGAAUGGUAACACUGCCCUUGGCAUUGCGCGGCGGCUCGGCUACAUCUCCGUGGUCGACACUCUGAAGGUGGUGACUGAGGAGACCAUGACCACCAUGACUGUCACAGAGAAGCACAAAAUGAAUGUUCCAGAAACAAUGAAUGAAGUUCUUGAUAUGUCUGACGAUGAAGUUCGUAAAGCCAAUGCCCCUGAAAUGCUCAGUGAUGGUGAAUAUAUCUCAGAUGUUGAAGAAGGUGAUAGAUGCACAUGGUACAAAAUCCCCAAGGUACAAGAGUUUACGGUGAAAAGUGAAGAUGCAAUGACCGGGGACACAGACAAAUAUCUUGGGCCGCAGGACCUUAAGGAACUGGGUGACGAUUCCCUGCCCGCAGAGGGCUACAUGGGCUUUAGUCUUGGAGCCCGUUCCGCCAGCCUCCGCUCCUUCAGUUCGGAUAGGUCUUACACCUUGAACAGAAGCUCUUACGCACGGGACAGCAUGAUGAUCGAAGAACUCCUGGUGCCAUCCAAAGAACAGCAUCUAACAUUCACAAGGGAAUUUGAUUCAGAUUCUCUCAGACAUUACAGCUGGGCUGCAGACACCUUAGACAAUGUCAAUCUUGUCUCAAGCCCUGUUCAUUCUGGGUUUCUGGUUAGCUUUAUGGUGGAUGCAAGAGGUGGCUCCAUGAGAGGAAGCCGUCACCAUGGGAUGAGAAUCAUUAUUCCUCCACGCAAGUGUACAGCCCCCACCCGAAUCACCUGCCGUUUGGUAAAGAGACAUAAACUGGCCAACCCACCCCCCAUGGUGGAAGGAGAGGGAUUAGCCAGUAGGCUGGUAGAAAUGGGUCCUGCAGGGGCACAAUUUUUAGGCCCUGUCAUAGUGGAAAUCCCUCACUUUGGGUCCAUGAGAGGAAAAGAGAGAGAACUCAUUGUUCUUCGAAGUGAAAAUGGUGAAACAUGGAAGGAGCAUCAAUUUGACAGUAAAAAUGAAGAUUUAGCCGAACUACUUAAUGGCAUGGAUGAAGAACUUGAUAGCCCAGAGGAGUUGGGGAAAAAGCGUAUCUGCAGGAUCAUCACUAAGGAUUUCCCCCAGUAUUUUGCCGUCGUUUCACGGAUUAAGCAGGAAAGCAACCAGAUUGGUCCUGAAGGUGGAAUUCUGAGCAGCACCACUGUGCCCCUCGUCCAGGCGUCUUUCCCAGAGGGUGCCCUAACGAAAAGAAUUCGAGUGGGCCUCCAGGCCCAGCCAGUUCCAGAUGAAAUUGUGAAAAAGAUCCUUGGAAACAAAGCAACAUUUAGCCCAAUUGUCACUGUGGAACCAAGAAGAAGAAAAUUCCAUAAACCAAUCACAAUGACCAUUCCAGUGCCCCCGCCCUCAGGAGAAGGUGUAUCCAAUGGAUACAAGGGGGACACCACACCCAACCUGCGUCUUCUCUGUAGCAUUACAGGGGGCACUUCUCCGGCUCAGUGGGAAGACAUCACGGGAACGACGCCUUUGACGUUUAUAAAGGACUGCGUCUCUUUUACAACCAAUGUUUCAGCUAGAUUUUGGCUUGCAGACUGCCAUCAAGUUUUAGAAACUGUGGGGUUAGCCACACAACUAUACAGAGAGUUAAUAUGUGUUCCAUAUAUGGCCAAGUUUGUUGUUUUUGCCAAAAUGAAUGAUCCUGUGGAGUCUUCCCUGCGAUGUUUCUGCAUGACAGAUGACAAAGUGGACAAAACUUUAGAGCAGCAAGAAAAUUUUGAGGAAGUUGCAAGAAGCAAAGAUAUUGAGGUUCUGGAAGGAAAACCUAUUUAUGUUGAUUGUUAUGGAAAUCUGGCCCCACUUACCAAAGGAGGACAGCAACUUGUUUUUAACUUUUAUGCUUUCAAAGAAAAUAGGCUGCCAUUUUCCAUUAAGAUUAGAGACACCAGCCAAGAGCCCUGUGGUCGGCUAUCUUUUCUGAAAGAACCAAAGACGACAAAGGGACUGCCUCAAACAGCUGUUUGCAACUUAAAUAUCACUCUGCCAGCACAUAAAAAGGAGACAGAGUCAGAUCAAGAUGAUGAGAUUGAGAAAGCAGAUAAACGACAGAGCUUUGCAUCUUUAGCUUUACGUAAGCGCUACAGCUACUUGACUGAGCCUGGAACGAAAACAGUUGAACGGAGUGCAGGAGCAACAAGAUCCCUCCCCACCACUUACUCAUACAAGCCAUUCUUUCCUACAAGACCAUACCAGUCCUGGACAACAGCUCCGACUACAGUGCCUGGGCCAGCCAAAUCAGGCUUCACUUCCUUAUCGAGUUCCUCCUCUAAUACACCAUCAGCUUCUCCAUUAAAAUCAAUAUGGUCUGUUUCGACUCCUUCUCCAAUCAAAUCCACAUUAGGCGCAUCAACUACGUCUUCAGUAAAAUCCAUUAGUGAUGUGGCAUCUCCAAUUAGAUCUUUUCGGACAAUUUCAUCGCCAAUAAAAACUGUGGUGUCACAAUCUCCAUACAAUAUCCAAGUAUCCACUGGUACCCUGGCUAGAGCUUCCACUGUCACGGAGGCUAUGCCCUUAAAAGGGCUGGCAUCCAAUUCUACGUUUUCCUCACGAACCUCUCCAGUGACUACAGCGGGGUCUCUCUUGGAGAGGUCCUCAAUUACUAUGACACCCCCUGCAUCCCCCAAAUCAAACAUUAACAUGUAUUCCUCAAGUCUGCCAUUUAAGUCCAUUAUUACAUCAGCAGCACCACUAAUAUCUUCACCUUUAAAGUCAGUGGUGUCUCCAGCUAGAUCAGCAGUUGAUGUCAUUUCAUCAGCUAAAGUUACGAUGGCAUCUUCUCUCGCCUCACCUGUGAAACAGAUGCCAGGACAUGCAGAGGUAGCAUUAGUCAAUGGAUCUAUUUCCCCUCUGAAAUAUCCAUCGUCUUCAACUUUAAUUAAUGGAUGCAAAGCCACUGCCACAUUACAGGAAAAAAUUUCUACAGCUACAAACUCUGUGAGCUCUGUGGUCAAUGCAGCCACUGACACAGUUGAAAAAGUAUUUUCUACUACGACAGCAAUGCCAUUUUCCCCACUCAGGUCCUAUGUUUCUGCAGCACCAUCAGCUUUUCAGUCUCUAAGAACUCCUUCCGCAAGUGCACUCUAUACAUCCCUCGGGUCGUCAAUAUCUGCAACUACCUCAUCUGUAACUUCAUCAAUAAUAACAGUGCCAGUAUACUCUGUAGUCAAUGUUUUGCCAGAACCAGCAUUAAAGAAACUUCCAGACUCUACUUCACUUACAAAAUCAGCAGCAGCCUUGCUGUCCCCCAUUAAAACAUUGACUACGGAGACACGUCCUCAGCCUCAUUUCAAUCGAACUUCAUCUCCAGUUAAGUCAUCUUUGUUCCUUGCACCCUCUGCCCUUAAGUUGUCUACACCAUCUUCUUUAUCUUCCAGUCAGGAGAUAUUAAAAGAUGUGGCUGAAAUGAAAGAGGACCUAAUGCGGAUGACUGCGAUACUCCAGACAGAUGUGCCAGAGGAGAAGCCUUUCCAACCCGAACUCCCAAAAGAAGGGAGGAUGGAUGAUGAGGAACCUUUUAAAAUUGUUGAGAAAGUCAAGGAAGACUUAGUGAAAGUUAGUGAAAUCCUUAAAAAGGAUGUGUGUGUAGAUAAUAAAGGAUCACCUCAAUCACCAAAGAGUGACAAAGGACACUCUCCCGAAGAUGACUGGAUAGAAUUUAGUUCAGAAGAAAUACGAGAAGCGAGACAGCAAGCUGCUACAAGCCAUCCUCCAUCCCUGCCGGAGAGAGUGCAAGUAAAAGCAAAAGCCGCCUCUGAAAAGGAUUAUAACUUGACCAAAGUCAUUGACUACCUAACAAAUGAUAUUGGCAGUAGUUCACUGACAAACUUAAAGUACAAGUUUGAGGAUGCAAAGAAGGAUGGUGAGGAGAGACAGAAAAGAAUUUUAAAACCAGCAAUUGCUUUGCAGGAACACAAACUCAAAAUGCCUCCAGCCUCCAUGAGGCCUUCCACCUCUGAGAAAGAAUUGUGUAAAAUGGCGGAUUCCUUUUUUGGAACAGAUACUAUUUUAGAAUCUCCAGAUGACUUUUCUCAACAUGACCAAGAUAAAAGUCCCUUGUCUGACAGUGGCUUUGAAACAAGAAGUGAAAAAACACCAUCGGCCCCACAAAGCGCUGAAAGCACUGGUCCUAAACCACUUUUUCAUGAAGUCCCGAUCCCUCCUGUCAUCACAGAAACAAGAACUGAAGUGGUACAUGUGAUCAGGAGCUAUGAGCCCUCAGCUGGGGACACUCCCCAGUCCCAACCAGAGGAGCCUGUAUCACCCAAACCUUCCCCUACAUUUAUGGAAUUGGAACCAAAGCCCAGCACCUCCAGUAUUAAAGAAAAAGUUAAAGCUUUUCAGAUGAAAGCCACCAGUGAAGAAGAUGACCACAAUCGGGUUUUGAGUAAAGGCAUGCGUGUUAAAGAAGAGACUCACAUAACCACAACCACUAGAAUGGUUUAUCAUUCUCCACCAGGCAGUGAAGGUGCCUCUGAAAGAAUUGAAGAAACCAUGUCAGUCCAUGACAUUAUGAAAGCCUUUCAGUCCGGGCGGGACCCUUCCAAAGAACUGGCAGGUCUGUUUGAACACAAGUCGGCAGUGUCUCCAGAUGUUCACAAGUCUGCUGCUGAAACUUCAGCCCAGCAUGCAGAGAAGGACAACCAAAUGAAACCCAAACUGGAGCGUAUAAUAGAAGUCCACAUCGAAAAAGGUAACCAAGCUGAGCCCACUGAAGUCAUUAUUAGAGAGACCAAAAAGCAUCCAGAAAAAGAAAUGUAUGUAUAUCAGAAAGACUUAUCCCGGGGAGAUAUUAACCUAAAAGAUUUUCUGCCAGAAAAACACGAUGCUUUUCCUUGUUCAGAGGAACAGGGUCAGCAAGAAGAAGAAGAACUUACUGCUGAAGAGUCAUUGCCUUCUUAUCUGGAGUCUUCCAGAGUAAAUACUCCUGUGUCCCAAGAAGAAGAUAGCCGCCCUAGUUCUGCUCAACUCUUAUCUGAUGACUCUUAUAAAACGUUGAAGCUUUUGAGUCAACACUCAAUAGAAUACCAUGACGAUGAGUUGUCAGAACUAAGAGGGGAGUCUUACAGGUUUGCUGAGAAAAUGCUUCUGUCAGAAAAGCUAGACGUGUCUCAUUCUGAUACUGAGGAAUCGGUCACAGACCAUACAGGACCCCCUAGCUCAGAGUUACAGGGGUCUGAUAAGCGGUCCAGAGAAAAAAUAGCCACUGCCCCCAAAAAAGAAAUUCUCUCCAAAAUCUAUAAAGAUGUGUCUGAAAAUGGUGUAGGUAAAGUGUCUAAAGAUGAGCAUUUUGAUAAAGUGACAGUGUUGCACUAUUCUGGCGAUGUUAGUAGCCCAAAACAUGCCAUGUGGAUGCGCUUUACUGAGGACAGAUUAGACAGAGGUAGAGAAAAGUUGAUAUAUGAAGAUAGGGUGGACAGGACUGUGAAGGAGGCUGAAGAAAAACUGACUGAAGUGUCACAGUUUUUUCGUGACAAAACUGAAAAGCUAAAUGAUGAACUGCAGUCCCCAGAGAAGAAGGCACGCCCUAGAAAUGGCAAAGAACACUCUUCUCAAAGCUCUACCAGCAGCAGCAGCCCUGAGAAAGUACUGCUGACAGAAUCGCCAGGAUCCAGUGAUGAAUGGGUUAAGGCAAGGCAGCAUGGCCAUGAUGGACAGGGCCUCCCCAAGGCUGAGGAGAGGAAAGCACCCAGUGUGCCCAGCAGCCCGGAGAAGAAGGCAAGUUCCCAACAGAUCGAAGACAGCAAGUCCACAGUGGAAGCCAAAGGAAGUAUCUCACAGAGCAAAGCCCCAGAUGGGCCUCAAUCUGGAUUUCAGCUCAAACAAUCUAAACUCAGUUCCAUUAGAUUAAAAUUUGAACAAGGUACCCAUACAAAAAGUAAGGAUGUGUCUCAAGAAGAUAAAAAGUCAGAUGGCCAAUCCAGAAUACCGGUUAAAAAAAUACAGGAGAGCAAGCUGCCGGUCUACCAAGUUUUUGCUAGAGAAAAGCAGCAGAAGGCCACAGACCUCUCAGAGGAAAGUAUAUCAGUGAAAAAAGAUUUCACGGUAUUAAAAGCUAAAACUGAGCAUGCCCAAAGCAACGAAAUUGUUGCCAAUGAUACUGCCUCUGAUGAUGUGAAAAAACAGAGAACUGAAAUGUCAAGUAAAACAAUGCCUGACUCUCUUUCUGAGCAACAGGCUAAAGACUUGGCAUGUCAUGUAACCUCAGAUUUAGCAACUAAGGGACCAUGGGACAAAAAGGUCUUUAGAACAUGGGAAAGUUCUGGAACCACUAAUAAUAAGUCUCAGAAAGAGAAACUUUCACAUGUACUUGUUCAUGAUGUAAGAGAGAAUCACAGUGGUCACCCUGAGAGUAAAAGUGUUGAUCAAAAAGAUGAAUUUAUGUCUGUGACUGAGAGAGAACACAAAGUGUUAACAAAUGGCUCUCUCUCAGAAAUUAAGGAAAUGACUGUAAAAUCUCCCUCCAAAAAAGUCUUAUAUAGGGAAUAUGUUGUUAAAGAAGGGGAACGUCCCGGUGGCUCUCUCGAUCAACCUGCCAGGAGAACUGAGAGCUCAGUGGUGUCACAUACACCAGGCAGAGUUGCUGAUGAGAGGAGAAUGCUGUCUUCUAAUAUUCCUGAUGGGUUUUGUGAGCCCUCGGCAUUUCCAAAACACGAACUAUCACAAAAACUGCCCCAAUCAAGUAUGAGUAAAGAGACAGUUGAGACACAGCAUUUUAAUUCCAUAGAAGAUGAAAAAGUUACCUAUUCAGAAAUCAGCAAAGUUUCUAAACAUCAGAGUUAUGUAGGUUUAUGCCCACCUCUUGAUGAAACUGAAACCUCCCCCACCAAAUCUCCUGAUUCUUUAGAGUUUAGCCCAGGAAAGGAAUCUCCCUCUAGUGAUGUAUUCGACCACAGUCCAAUUGAUGGAUUGGAAAAACUUGCACCACUAGCCCAGACAGAGGGAGGGAAAGAGAUAAAAACUUUACCUGUUUAUGUCAGUUUUGUACAAGUGGGAAAGCAAUAUGAAAAGGAGAUACAACAAGGAAGUGUAAAAAAAAUCAUAAGUCAGGAAUGUAAGACAGUACAAGAAACCAGGGGGACCUUUUAUACAACUAGACAGCAGAAGCAACCUCCUUCUCCCCAAGGCAGUCCAGAAGAUGAUACUCUAGAGCAAGUAUCCUUUCUAGAUAGCUCUGGGAAAAGCCCCUUAACUCCAGAAACACCCAGUUCAGAGGAAGUGAGUUAUGAAUUUACAUCUAAGACACCAGACUCGCUCAUAGCUUAUAUACCAGGCAAACCCAGCCCAAUUCCUGAGGUUUCUGAGGAGUCAGAGGAGGAAGAGCAGGCCAAGUCCACCUCCUUAAAGCAGACCACCGUGGAGGAAACAACAGUCUUGCGGCAAAUGCCUAAUGACGUGAGCAAGGACUCUAACCAAAGACCCAAAAGUAACAGAGUUGCCUAUAUUGAAUUUCCCCCUCCUCCACCGCUGGAUGCGGACCAGAUUGAGCCAGAUAAGAAGCAUCAUUAUCUCCCUGAAAAGGAGGUUGACAUGAUUGAAGUCAAUCUGCAAGAUGAGCAUGACAAGUACCAACUGGCUGAACCGGUCAUCAGAGUGCAGCCGCCUUCGCCAGUUCCUCCCGGGGCAGAUGUCAGCGAUUCGAGCGAUGACGAGUCUAUUUAUCAACCAGUCCAAGUUAAAAAAUACACCUUCAAAUUAAAGGAAGUAGAUGAUGAGCAAAAAGAAAUGACAAAAUCCAAAGCUUCUGCUGAAAAGGUUUCCAACCAGAAAGAAUUGGAAAGUAACGGAUCUGGAAAAGAGAAUGAAUUUGGCCUUGCCCUCGAUUCACCUCAGAAUGAAACUGCCCAGAAUGGGAACAAUGACCAGUCCAUCACAGAGUGUUCCAUUGCGACCACAGCAGAGUUUUCUCAUGAUACUGAUGCCACAGAGAUCGACUCUCUGGAUGGCUAUGACCUGCAAGAUGAAGACGAUGGUUUGACAGAGAGCGAUUCUAAACUCCCAAGUCAAACCAUGGAAAUUAAGAAAGACAUCUGGAACACAGAGGGCAUUCUGAAGCCAACUGAUCGCUCUUUUAGCCAAAGUAAACUUGAAGUUAUCGAGGAGGAGGGAAAGGUGGGGCCAGAUGAAGACAAGCCACCUUCCAGAAGUCCUUCAUCUGAAAAGACUCCUGAUAAGACUGAUCAGAAGUCAGGGGCCCAGUUUUUCACGCUAGAAGGCAGACAUCCCGACAGAUCAGUGUUUCCUGAUACUUAUUUCAGUUACAAAGUAGAUGAAGAAUUUGCCACUCCUUUUAAAACAGUAGCUACCAAAGGCCUAGAUUUUGACCCUUGGUCUAAUAACCGAGGGGAUGAUGACGUUUUUGAUGGUAAAUCACGGGAAGACGAAACUAAGCCAUUUGGUCUGGCAGUGGAAGACCGCUCUCCAGCCACAACCCCUGAUACAACGCCAGCCAGAACGCCAACCGAUGAAAGUACCCCAACUAGUGAGCCUAACCCCUUCCCAUUUCAUGAAGGAAAAAUGUUUGAGAUGACUCGCAGUGGUGCAAUUGACAUGAGCAAGAGGGAUUUUGUUGAAGAGAGGCUCCAAUUUUUCCAGAUUGGUGAGCAUACUUCUGAAGGGAAGUCAGGGGACCAGGGGGAAGGGGAUAAAAGUAUGGUCACUGCUACACCACAGCCACAGUCAGGGGACACCACUGUAGAAACCAAUCUAGAGAGAAAUGUAGAGACACCUACAGUGGAACCUACCCCCAGCAGCCCGACCAGCGGAGAGUGUCAGGAAGGCACAUCCAGUGGUGGCUCCCUGGAGAAAGCAGCAGCCGCCACUAACACCUCUAAAGUUGACCCCAAGUUGCGCACGCCUAUAAAAAUGGGAAUUUCUGCAUCUACCAUGACCAUGAAGAAAGAAGGCCCUGGAGAAAUAACAGAUAAAAUAGAAGCUGUGAUGACCAGUUGUCAGGGAUUAGAAAAUGAAACUAUAACAGUGAUUCCAAAUACAGCUAAUAGCCAGACGGGCAUUAGGCCCCAAGAAAAACAUGAUUUUCAAAAAGAUAACUUUAAUAACAACAACAAUUUGGAUUCUUCCACUAUACAGACAAAUAACAUUACAAGUAAUGUAGUUCUGACAAAUCAUUCUGCACCCACUUGUACCACAGAGAAAGCUAAGCCAGUGAAAGGCUCAUCAGGAAAAAAGACAGGGGCACUACAAGGACACUGUGUAAGAGAUAAGCAGAAAGUGCUUGGAGAGCAGCAAAAGACAAAGGAAUCCAUAGGGAUUAGGCAAAAAUCCAAACUCCCCGUAAAGGCCACUUCACCAAAAGAUACCUUCCCACCAAACCAUGUGCCAAACAUUAAAGCAAGUAAACCGAAGCAGGUUAGUCAAUCCGAGAAAACCAAAACCCUUAAUACUUCAUGUGCAGACGUAAAGUCCAGAAUUCCCGUGAAAAACACACACAAGGAUAGCAUAGUUUCAGUUAGAAAAGCAUGUGCCACACAAAAGCCAGGGCAGCCAGAGAAAGGCAAGGGCAAACAGCUUCCAUCCAAGUUGCCCGUAAAGGUAAGAUCCAUCUGUGCCACCGCCGCCGCCACCACCACCACCCCUGCCACCAGCACCAGCACCCCUGCCACCAGCAUAGUUAAAGUUAGGAAAAGUCAGCUCAAGGAAGUAUGUAAACAUUCCAUUGAAUAUUUUAAGGGAAUUAGUGGUGAGACCUUAAAGCUUGUGGACCGCCUCUCUGAAGAAGACAAAAAGAUGCAGUCCGAGUUGUCCGAUGAGGAGGAAAGUACCUCGAGAAACACGUCGUUGUCCGAGACUUCCCGGGGUGGCCAGCCUUCAGUUACAACGAAGUCUGCUAGAGAUAAGAAAACAGAGGCAGCACCUUUAAAAUCAAAGAGUGAAAAAGCCGGCAGUGAAAAAAGGAGCAGUAGGAGGACUGGUCCACAGAGUCCAUGUGAACGGACAGAUAUCAGGAUGGCAAUAGUAGCCGAUCACCUGGGACUUAGUUGGACAGAACUGGCAAGGGAACUGAAUUUUUCAGUGGACGAAAUCAAUCAAAUACGUGUGGAAAAUCCAAAUUCUUUAAUUUCUCAGAGCUUCAUGUUAUUAAAAAAGUGGGUUACCAGAGAUGGAAAAAAUGCUACAACUGAUGCCUUAACAUCUGUCUUGACAAAAAUUAAUCGAAUAGAUAUAGUGACUCUGCUAGAAGGACCAAUAUUUGAUUAUGGAAAUAUUUCAGGCACCAGAAGUUUUGCAGAUGAGAACAAUGUUUUCCAUGACCCUGUUGAUGGUUGGCAGAACGAGAUAGCAAGCGGAAACCUAGAGUCCCCUGCUCAAGCUCGAAGAAUAACUGGUGGGUUACUAGAUCGACUGGAUGACAGCCCUGACCAGUGUAGAGAUUCCAUUACCUCAUAUCUCAAAGGAGAACCUGGAAAAUUUGAAGCAAAUGGAAGCCAUGCAGAAGUCACGCCAGAAGCAAAGCCAAAAUCUUAUUUUCCAGAAUCCCAAAAUGAUAUAGGAAAACAGAGUGCUAAGGAAACUCUGAAACCAAAAAUACUUGGCUCUGGUCGUGUUGAGGAACCAGCAACACCACUAGCAGCGUAUCAUAAAUCUUUGGAAGAAACCAGCAAGCUUGUAAUAGAAGAACCUAAGCCCUGUGUGCCUGUCAGUAUGAAAAAGAUGAGUAGGACUUCUCCCGCAGAUGGCAAGCCGCGGCUUAACCUCCAUGAAGAGGAGGGGUCCAGUGGGUCUGAGCAAAAGGUCAAAAGUCCGGGUGCGGCUCUUACACGGAUGACUGCCUGCUGUUACAAGGACUGGAAAGACAGUGAGAGUGGUUCAAGCUCAGAGGAAGAACGGAGAGUCACUACCCAAGUUAUUCGCCGGCGUUUGAUUUUAAAGGGAGAGGAAGCAAAGAACAUGCCUGGUGAAUCUGUCACAGAAGAAAAAUUUACUGAUGAAGAAGGCAACCUCAUCACCAGAAAAAUCACUCGGAAAGUAAUAAGACGAAUGGUUAUCCCACAAGAAAGAAAACAGGAUGAUGUGCAGGGAGAAGGUUAUAAGGUGAAGAUGAAGAAAGAAAUCCGGCAUGUGGAAAAGAAAAGCCACUCAUAACAGUGAAUGGUCAGUCAAGGAUCUUAUGUUUUUACUGCCAGUAUUGAGAAACUCAUAGAAGAAAUGUCCACAGGAAGUAAAACUCACGAAGAAGGAUGUGUGCUUGCUGCUUCCACACAUUAGUGGCAUGAUAUUUUCUUUAUGCAAAAAGAAAAGAAAAAGAAAAACCACCCACAUUUUAAUUUAGCAUGAGCCAAUUUACAGAGCAUGGAAAUUCACUUUCAUGAUACAGUGUAUAUACAAGAAGCCAUGCUGUUAACAGUUUAUCUCAAGUAAUUUGGUGUCAUUUACAAAAGGAAGAAAUUCCUGCCAUCAGAAGGGACAGAAGGAGACGGAAUGAUCAAAUCACAAAGGAACACUAAAAUUACUAAAUCCACAACAGCUCGCCUUAUUUUUCUUGGACCCAAACUGUCAGGGUAUAAACACUGUUUGUUUCUUUUUUAAAACAUGGAUAGUUUUGCUGUAAAUAACACUGUAUAAAUUCUAACAGAAAAAUAGAAUAAAUGUUGAUAAGGCACUGCCUCUUAGAACACAAACAGAAUAUUGCAAAUGCAUUUAACAAAUAGGGGUCUCAAAUGACUUCAUCCUGGAAGAGGAGGGAGGAGUUUGGGGGGGAACUCUUCACCGAUUCUUGUAUAUUAGUAAUUAUAAUGUUUGUAUAUGCAAAACUGCUAAGCUUGAUUUAAAAAAAAAAAAAAAUCUUUAAAAUCUGCUGCAAAUUUAAAUAAUUCCUAAAAUGAGGAAUUCUCUAGUUCUGUGAAAAACUUUUUUCUUCAGAAUACUAAUAUUUUGAUGCAUGUGUAUCACCUUAUUUUGAUUAAAUCUUUUCCAAUUUUGCAAACACUACAGUAUACUGCAACACAGAAGAUUUUAUCUGUAAACACAAAGCCCUUCAUCUAAUAUUUGUUGCUAUUGCCAAUUUUUCAAUGAAACAACCUAAAAAUGGAAAAAAAAUAACUUAUACAGUAGUUGCUUUGGGGGUGGGGGGAUGCUAUUUGUUAGUGCUUAAAAGGGGGUAAUGCUUGGCGCUUUAGAGGUGGAUGGUGCUCAUAAGAGGCCCCAGUCAGGGGUAUUUAAAAUGGACUGAACAGAAAUCCUUAGCUAGUAGAAUGGCAGCACGCUGUAAAAUUAUUACUGUAUCAUGUACUGGCUAUAAGAUGUAGACACCUUUCAGUAAGCCAAUCAUUUGUAACCAUUCUAGCAGUGUCAUAUUAGGUUAAUAAGGCUGCUGUGUUUUAAAGGGCAUUUUUAUUUGGGUUUUGGUGAAAUUCUUUAAUUUGUUGAUUAUAUUCACAUAAAAUCAGCAUUCAUUGACACAUAGUUCUAAUGACAUGUAUGAAAAACCAUACACUGGAUGACCUAGUCAAUUAUUUAAGCAUAAAAUAAAUUGUGUUAAACUCUUCACCUA